AUGCUCCGCCAAUCCAUCACCAAGUCCUCUACUACCCGCCUCCUCACCACCACCACUACUCGUUCCUUCUCUGCUCUCGCUCCCAGAAUGGGUGCUGGCGAUACCGGUGCUCCCCGGCCGGGCGGUUCUCAGCAUGCUGACUCGUUCACCAAGCGCGAAGCCGCCCAGGAGAACUUGUAUGUUCGCGAGAAGGAGAUGGAGAAGCUCCGUGCCCUGAAGGCCAAGCUCAGCGAGCAGCGCAAGCACCUUGAUGAGCUGGAUAAGCACAUUGACGAGUUCACCAAGAACCAGGGCGGCGAGCAGAACUAG